UUCAAUCGCUGCCCAGAAAACCGAAACCAGCCCCUUCGGCGGCGACUUUAUUAACUUUUCAUGUUGAAACCCAAAGGCUCUCUCGCGCACGCUGGGGCCAGGGCCAGGGCCAGGGCCAGGGCCAGGAUCUGUGCCCAGUAACUGGGGGAGUUGUCUGUCUGUCUGUCCGUUCCCCACCCCACAUGCCUUGACACCUCCCAGAGGAGCUGGGGAUAGAACCCAGGCGUCCGGGCUCCCAGCCUUUGGAGGGGGAAGAGAAGGCAAAGGAGAUCAGGUAGGUGUGAUGGGGAACCUGUAGGGCGGGAGCAAGGGACUGCGGGUUGGGGUACUGGCAGGGCUAGAAGGGGGUGCAGGUUGGGAGUGAGGGGCACCUGGGGUGUGCAGGUCAGGGAUGAGGGGCACCAGCGGGGCUGCAUUUAUGGCAGGGGUCCUUGGGGAGUUCCUGUGUGCUCUGGGUCCCUGUAAACUCAUGCUGGGGGUUGGGGGGGUUCCUCCCUGCCUGAGCCUGGGCUGUGGGGAGCUUUCUGGCAGGCGGAGGGGUGGGGGAUUCCUGGCCUCCCCCCUCCCUCACUCACCUUCAGGCAGAGGCCGCCCUCAAUGGGAAGCAGCUGGCGGAGAGGGAUGGAGCCUCUGAGGUCUCCCAGGGAGAGGCUGCAGGGCCUGCGCUGCAUUAGCUGUGAGUCAGGCCCCUGACAGAUACACAGCCAGACAGACAGACUCCCCCUCCCCCCGCCCAGGCUCCUACGUGGGGGCUGGGAGCCCUGGACACCUGGGUUCUCUCCCUGCUCUGGGAAGGGUGUGGGGCCUGGUGAGCCUGGGGCCCCGACACCUGGGUUCUUUCCCAGCUGGGGUGGGGGGGCACUCUGGUCACAGCAAGGCCCUGGAUGCACCUUCAGCUCUGGUGGGUUUGCCCCCUCUCCAGUACCCAGGCCUGGCACAGGGUCCCCACUCCUCACACCUGUCACCCUGGCCCCAAGCAGCACAGAUUGACUCCUCUUCCCUGCCUGCGGCCCAAUCCUGCACACUCGUCCAGAAACCUUGCCUGCUCCUGGUGAUAUGCCCUGGCAGGGCAUAGCGGCUGGGGCUAGCAAGGCGGGCUGCAGGUCUUCUGAGUGACAGCCCCAGCUCCAGCCCCCCUGACUGGCUGAAGGCCCCCCAAACACUCCUCACCCCCCAAGUGUGGUAGAUGCUCCAGACCCCCUGGGAGGGGCCCCCUAAGUCAGGCUGACCUUGAGACCCCCAACUUGCUGCUGAGCCCAUGGGGUGCCCAGGCCAGGACUGGCUGGUUGGUGAGGCCCCCAGGGUUGUGGGGGUCCUGAUACAGAGCCCUGGUGCCUGGUAGGACCCGGGGGGGGGGAGCAGAGCCUGGGGGACCCCCAGCCAUCACCUGCCCUGGGGAGAUCAGGAAGAGGCUGCAGCACUCUGCUGGGCCCAAUAUCAGAAGGGACAUGAAUCGGACCAGGGCCCGGGACUUCUGGGAGCAACGUGGUCGAGACCCCCACUAAGCUGGCAGCACCUGCUCCGGUGUGCCUCCCCCCCACCCCUGGAAAGACCUGAAUGACCCCAUGCCUCGUCUCAGCUUCUGUCAUUGCGUUCACUGCGCUGGGAAAGGCUGCCACGGAAGCUGGAUGCCAGAUCCCUUUGUGGACCCUCCACCCCUAGCCCUGCUGGAGGGAACCCAGGCAUCCGGUUCGCAGCUGCUCCGAGUCACAUGUGCCAGGUUCCAGCACCAUGGCAACAGCCAUCACAAACAUCUCCCCAUCCUCAGCAAUCCAGGCAGCCUGGGCAUGGCGGGCACUGCACUGACUCUGGCCCCUGGGCCACAGCCCUUGGUGGGUAUGAAGGGGGGACACUGGCACCACCGGCAAGACUGGCACCUCACCAGCAGUGGUGUGGGGCUGGAGUACCAGCCCCCCCUGCCCUUCCUGCCACCUGCUGCCCAAUCCACCCUGCAUCAGCCCCUACCCCUCGCCUCUGAGCAGUUGUGGAAGGAGGGGGACACCAAGCACCUGGCCACCACCACAGUCCUGUGCCACAACGUGAAAACCCAUGGAGGGGUCCUCAGCCAGCCCCACCACCCCAUCCCCCCACCACACUGGCAGGUGCACUUCAAUAAGGAUCUGCAGGACAAGCUGCAUCUCCAUGCCUGGCGAUUCCCCCUUGCCACAGCCCACCUGGUCAGCGAGAUGCAGGAGUGCUUCCCUGGCUGGCCCAGCCUGGCCCCCAAUGGCGCCCGGCUUCCUGGGGCCCAGGUCCCACGCUUAGUUGACCACCACUGCGAUGGGCCCUCCAAGCAGGUGGUGCCCACUACCCAGAACCCAGCACUGGCUGGGCGCCUCUUCUACCUGCAGGAGGAGGGGGCACUGCACCAGCUUGAGCCCUAUGCCUCUGUCCCUGCCCGUGACUUCCGGCCCUUCUCCCAGUACGGCAUCCCUUGACACAGGGCCCCAGACCCCUGGGUUCCCUGGAGGGGAGCAAGGAGAGGACUGGAGCCUGGGAGGGUGUUUGCCAGGACUCCUACAUCCUGCUUAGGGUGGGCAAGGAGGUAAAAGGGAGUAGGGUAGGAACACCUGCAGAGCAGGGCUAUGAGUGAGGACAGCUGGGUUCUAUAGGGAUGGGGGGGAAACACUCAGGCCCCCAGAGAGGGGGAGUGGGAAUGAGGCCUGGGUUUUAUUUAGAGCAGGGGUUCUCAAUCCCCAUGGACCGGCAAACUGUGGCCCCUCCAGAGCCAGAUGGAGAGACUGUGGCUCCUUCCGCAGGGCCCGCAGUAGUGCAGGGUUUGCCCCCCCCCUCCCCCCAAAAGGGUGGGGAUAUCUUUA